AUGAAGGGAAUUGCUCUUCUUUCGCUUUUUAGCGCUGCACUAGCUCAUCCGGCUGGCCUUUGGUGGGGUACCGAUGUCUGCUACACCAGUCCAGAGAACACCGACAAUCAGUGCUCCGAUGUUCAGCAGAAAGGCUUCGACUUGUCUGAGUUGGCAAACGGUGACAAUUGGAGCUUUGAAGGCUUCCACUUCGUUGGCCUCGAGCCCAAGAAUGGCUGUCAUGGAUCUAGUUACGGGGGUACUUGCCUUGGGGGAAAGCUUUCUCGUGAUGAUGACUGGACAAUCAAGAUUUCCGCCGCCGACGCUCCAUUCUCAAUCCGAAACUUCCAUCUUUCAACUUCCCGGAACACUGAUAUCUUCAUCAUCUAUGAGAUGCCCGAUGGUUCUUCCUGUCACCAUGUCACUUCGAGCUCGUACAAGGGAACCGAUGUUGGCAAUGACCAGUGUGGCGGUGCUGUUUCAGUCGAGUUCACGCUUCCUGAAGAGAGCAAGUUUGGUGAUUGUGAUCUCGAGAUCCAUUCAAUCGACUUUGACUGCUCUACUGGGUCCAAGCCACCAGUUCCUGUCAUUGAACCCCCUCACUCUCACUCUCACUAUCACUCUGAGCCUAGUCCGAGCUCGACUGUUUCUUUGCCUCCUUUCCAUUCAACCUCAUCCGUGCCGCAGGUUCCUACGACUAGCAGCUCUUUCCAGCAUUGGACGACUUCCACGGUCUGGACUACCGAGGAGAUCACCAUCACCCAAUGCCCACCAACCGUGACUAACUGUCCUGCUCAUUCAACUGUUUUGAUUACAUCUACAUAUCCACUGUCAACCACAGUCUGCCCAUCUACGCCCGUGCAGACGGUUCCUUCGGACCCCCCGAAGUCGACUGCUUCCUUGCCUCCUUUCCAUUGGACCUCGUCUGUGCCGGAUGUUCCUACGACUAGCCAUUCUUGGCACCAUAUGACGACUUCCACAGUCUGGACUACUGAGGAGAUCAUCGUCACUAAAUGGGCAUCAGCUGCAACUGAAUGCCCUAGUUCAAGCGUUCUUACUACCUCUACACAUCCACUGUCAAGCACGCCCUGCUCGUCUACGCCCGUGCAAACGUCUUCUAGCACAAGUUGUGCCUCAUCUACGCCCGUGCAAACGUCCACUAGCACAAGUUGCACCUCGUCUACGCCCGUGCAAACCCCUAGCACAAGCUGCACAACAUCUCAUUUCGUUCAUUCGCACACUACUCCCAUUAGUACCCCAACCCCAAUCGCGCCCAGCCCGCCCGUUGUUACUGCCCCUUGCCCCAACGUGGUCCCCAAGUGUCUCAACACAUGGCUCUCUAUUCCUAAGUGUGACUCCAACAGCGAUGUGGGAUGCUUCUGCCCAUCCACCGAGUUUACGGACAAAGUUAGCGGGUGCAUUCGGGCCUGGAGCACCUCCCAGACGGAGGAAGAUUCCGCCCUUGCUUACUUCGCUGGUAUUUGCGCCCCCUUCGUCCCGGAGAACCCUGCUAUUGUAGACAUUGCUACAACCUGCACUUCUCCCCUCGUUCCCAAGACCACUGCUGGCCCUCACAUCACUGGCAACACACGUACCUUUGUUGAGACUGUAGCCACGACUGUCCCUCAGGCUCCCUGUACCACCAUCAGCUGGGCCUCGCACACAGCAACUGUGCCGCUCGUUGAGUUCAGCACGGUCACUUGUUCCUCAACAACAUCUGUGAAUCUGGUGGUUGUUACUACGACCAGUACUCCUUCCAAGACCCAUCACUAUGCGCACGCGUCCUCUUCGAAGAUGACAACUAGCUGCAAGCCCACCUCUUCUCUUCCGCCAACUGCCCCUGGGAUCACUGUCUCCAAGCCUUCAGGAUCCGAGCCAACUGAAACUGUCGCUUACGGAAAUGUUGGAUCGAAACUACCCUUGUGUAGUCUCUGGGCUUUUGGUAUUUCCCUUUUGGCGCUUUUCAUCUAA